UUGCAAUGUCAAUAUGUCAUUAUCUUAUUGUAGAUUUAUUGUCUUAUUGGAAAUAUUAUAUAAAAGACGAGACUGAAGAAUCAGUUACAUAAUCCAAAAAUUCCAAAAAGAUCCAAAGACCACAAAAAAAUGUCCAAUCCAUCUCCAGUCACUGAUCCUUACGCUUAUCUCAACAUCGUCAAGAAUCCAGAUGGCUCCAUCACUCGCGACCUCACCAACUUCCCAUGCGCCUCAGCCACACCUGAUCCUUCCCCACUAAACCCCGUCGUAUCCAAAGACAUCCCCGUGAACCAGUCAAAGUCAACAUGGAUUCGUCUCUACCUUCCAACCACCGCCCUCGACGGCGGCGCUCCGUCUCAAAAACUCCCUCUCGUGGUGUACUACCACGGCGGCGGAUUCAUCCUCUGCAGCGUCGACUUGCAGCUCUUCCAUGACUUCUGCUCCAACAUGGCGCGAGAUCUCAACGCGAUCGUCGCAUCCCCUUCCUACCGGCUAGCUCCCGAGCACCGACUCCCGGCGGCAUACGACGACGGUGCGGAGGCGCUAGAGUGGAUCAAAAACUCCGGCGAGGAUUGGAUCAGAUCUCACGCCGAUUUCUCUAAUGUGUUCCUCAUGGGUACGAGCGCCGGAGGGAACUUGGCUUACAACGUCGGGUUAAGAUCCGCCGAAUCCGUCGCGGAUCUGAGUCCGUUACAGAUCCGUGGAUUGAUUCUACACCAUCCGUUCUUCGGCGGAGAAGAGCGGUGCGGAUCUGAGAUUAGACUUGUGAACGAUCAGGUUUGUCCGCCUAUAGUCACCGACGUUUUCUGGGAUCUUUGUCUCCCCGUCGGCGUUGAUCGGGAUCAUGAGUAUUCGAAUCCGACGGUGGGAGAUGGAUCGGAGGAGUUGGAGAAAAUCGGACGGUUGAGAUGGAAGGUGAUGGUGAUAGGAGGAGAGAGAGAUCCGAUGGUAGAUCGGCAGAGAGAUGUGGCGAAGUUAAUGAAGAAGAAGGGAGUGGAAGUGGUGGAGCUUUUUACCGACGGCGACGUCCACGGUGCUGAGAUCGGAGAUCCUUCCAAGCGUCAUGCUCUGUUUAGUUCCAUCGGAAAUUUCAUUUCCACCUCUCUGUAACGUUUUUUGUUUUUUUUUUUCUUUUCCAGUUUUUUAUUUUAAGCAAUUCAUAGAAUAAAAAGUUAUAUUGGAGGCCCAAUAUGACUGUCCUUAAAGAUUAUAAUAUAUACAAAAAGCCCAAUAUCUUGGACCCAUGAAA